CGAAGCUGAAGACUUGCCUGGACGACUACUCAAAAGACAAGGCGUCCUUGGUAGAUCGAACUAUUCUUACUCUGAACGGGGACAUGAUCGGUGGCUGCUUGCUUUUUUCACUUGAUAAAGGUGCGAGUAUGCUGGAUAUUUGUUACGGAUGCAUGUAUGUUGAUGUUGUACUAAUGAUCAAUGGUGCUUAUCAAAGUCAAUUUUUGAUACGAUGACUGUCUACUCAGACGGACCAUGAUCCCUUAGGCCUGCGCCUGCCAGCUUUUGGCCUGAUGUCAAUGUCUCGUGUUAGCUUGAUAUUUUUGCUGGUCUUCUACCUAGUAAACCCUGAACGAAUAAUAUUAUCAUAUCUGAUGGAUUUGAAAUCAUAUCUGAUGGAUGAAAAUUGUAACAAAUUUUUGUUUAAUUAUGUUUCAUCCUCUCUCCACUAGUAGUUUCAGCACCCCCUUCGUCCACCUUCAUAUGUGCAACGAAAUCGGCG